CAUGCUUUCUCUUUAUUAUUUUUUAGUUCAAACACAAAGGAAUCUGUAAUAGAUGAAUCAUUGGUUGCUGAUUUGAUUCAAAUGAUUGACAAUCACAAUGUUCUUGCGAAAACUUUUAGAAGAGUAAGAGAUUUGUCACUGGAACAUAUGGAAUCAGAUUUCACGCUAAGACUAUUUAGAGGCAGAAACAAAGACCCUAGAGUCUACAAUACACCUUCAUGUGAUGAAAUAGCUGCACUUAUAGUUGGUGAUUUUGGCAAUAUGGAUGUAGGCAGAGAUAUAGUGGUCAAAAAAUGUUCUGGUGAAUUAACCAGACUGCACGAAACUCACACCGCUUUCAUUCCACUGCAAUAUCCUCUAAUGUUUCCCUAUGGAGAAGAUGGUUAUCAAGAGGAUAUACCAAUAAGAGAAUGUCAUUCAAAAAUAAAAUCCAGGGUAAGAGUUAGAAUUUCUUUGCGAGAAUUUAUUGCCUUUAGAAUACAACAAAGAGCUGUAGAAGCAGGAAAUAUUGUGAAUGCAUGCAGAUUGUUCCAACAGUUUCUGGUGGAUUGCUAUACAAUGGUUGAAGCGCAAAGGUUGUCAUUCAUCAGAGCGAAUCAGAAGUUAAUUCGCUGUGAUAUUCUUAAUGGAUUACAAGAAGCUGUUAAUAGAGGAGAGACAGAUCCUUCUUUAAUUGGAAGACGUAUUGUCUUGCCUGCUUCUUUCACUGGUGGUACCAGAUACAUGUUCAACAAUUGUCAAGAUGCUAUGGCAAUUUGUAAAAAAUUUGGAUAUCCUGAUUUGUUCAUUACUAUAACAUGCAAUGUCAAUUGGAGUGAAAUAAAAGAAUUUGUCUUAGCAAAAGGCUUAUCAGCUUCGGAUAGACCUGAUAUUGUAUGUAGAGUGUUCAAAAUGAAGCUGGAUGAAAUGAUGACAGAUUUUAAGAAAAAGGACUUCUUUCGAAAAAGCACUGCAGGAAUGUACACAGUAGAAUUCCAAAAAAGAGGUCUACCUCAUGCACAUAUACUUUUAUGGUUGGAUGGAGAAAGCAAGUUGAAGAAUUCAACUGAUAUUGAUAAAGUAAUAUCAGCUGAAUUGCCAAAUUCUGAUCUGUACCCCAAAUUGGAAAAAGUUGUCUCAAGUUACAUGAUUCAUGGACCAUGCGGACCUGCAAGACAUAAUUCACCUUGCAUGAAGGAAGGAAGAUGUUCUAAAUUUUAUCCAAAAAAAUUCACAUCUUCCACUUCAAUUGACGAAGACGGAUAUCCAUGCUAUAGAAGACUUGAGAAUGGUAGAUUUGUUGAGAAGAAUGGAAUUAAGCUGGACAAUAGAAGUGUUGUUCCCUACAAUCCACCACUUCUAAUGAGGUAUCAAGCACACGUCAAUACAGAGUAUUGCAACAAGACCAAUUCAAUCAAAUAUUUGUUCAAAUAUGUGAACAAAGGUCCGGACAGAGCUACUCUUAAAAUAAGCAACAACUCUGCACAGUCUGAAAAAUCAACCAUUAUUGAUGAGAUCAAAAGGUAUUACGACUGUAGGUAUCUAUCACCAUGUGAAGCUGCUUGGAGAAUAUUUGCUUUUGACAUCCAUCACAGAUGGCCUCCUGUUCAGAGAUUGACCUUUCAUCUUCCUGGCCAACAAUCAGCUUUGUUUAAAGAUGAUGAUGAUAUUAAUGUGGUGUUCAACAGAUACGAAAAUGCUAACACAAUGUUUCUAGCUUGGUUUGAGGCUAACAAAGUCUAUCAGGAAGGAAAACAAUUGACUUAUUCAGAAUUUCCAAGUAAAUUUGUGUGGUUUGCCAAAGAAAAAGAAUGGAAACCAAGGAAGAAAGGCUACAACAUUGGUAGACUUACUUAUAUUCCUCCUGGGUCUGGAGAACUUUAUUAUUUGAGGAUAUUACUGACCAUUCAAAAAGGUUGUAUUGAUUAUGAAAGCAUUAAGACAAUUGAUGGAAAGUAUUAUGAAACGUACCAAGAAGCUUGCUAUGUUUUGGGAUUGUUGGCUGAUGACAAAGAAUAUAUUGAUGCAAUCAAAGAAGCAAGUGAAUUUGCUUGUGGGUAUCAACUUAGAAGAUUAUUUGUUACUUUGUUGUCCAUGAAUACAAUUUCUAAACCAGAUAUAGUUUGGAAUUCUACUUGGAGUAUCUUAUGUGAUGGAAUUUUGUACCAAAAAAGGAAGGAGAUGAACUUACCAGGUCUUCAAAUUGAGACUGCUGAAUUACAAAAACUAUGUCUUCUGGAAAUAGAGGAAAUGCUAAUGUCAAAUGGUAGAAGUUUGAAAGAUUAUCCUUCAUUACCUCAACUUGAUCUUUCAGAUGUACAUACAUUCAAUAAUAGAUUUAUUGUUGAUGAGCUGCAAUAUAAUAAACAAGAUAUGGCGAGAGAACAUGACAGUUUGUUUAAAGCACUCAAUGAUGAACAAAUUGAUGUAUAUCAGCAUAUCAUGACAGCAGUUCUUUCAAAGAAGGGAGGAUUCUUUUUCUUAUAUGGCUAUGGUGGUACAGGUAAGACUUUUAUGUGGAAGACAUUGUCGGCUGGUCUAAGAAGCAAAGGCAUGAUUGUUUUGAACGUAGCAUCAAGUGGAAUUGCUUCUUUAUUACUUCCUGGUGGAAAAACAGCACACUCUACCUUUUGCAUCCCACUGUUAAUUAAUGAAGAAUCAACUUGCAACAUAGCACAAGGUAGUCUUAGGGCAAAACUUCUUAUGGCUACCAGUUUGAUUAUCUGGGAUGAAGCACCAAUGAUGAAUAGAAUGUGUUUUGAGGCAUUUGAUAGAACACUAAGAGAUAUUAUGCGAAAUGUUGAUGAUGCCAAUAAAGACAAACCAUUUGGUGGCAAAGCAGUUGUGUUAGGAGGUGACUUUAGACAAAUUCUACCAGUUAUCAAAAAAGGAUCUAAAUUUGAUAUCAUAAAAUCAUCAAUCAACUAUUCAGAGUUAUGGAAUUGUUGUAAAGUGCUAAAGUUAUCCAAGAACAUGAGAUUAAGUACUACAUCAAGUACUGAAACAGCCAAUGAUAUUCAAGAAUUUGCUGAUUGGAUUUUGAAGAUUGGAGACGCAAAAAUGGAUCUAAAUGAGAAUGGUGAGUGCAUUGUUGAAAUUCCCGAACAGAUCCUGAUUACAAACACAGAUUUACCUUUAUUGUCAUUGGUUGAAUUUGUCUAUCCUGAAUUUGUGGUUAACAUGUUGAAUCCUAAUUAUUUUGAUGAUGGAGCAAUUUUGUGCCCAACAAAUGAUUCUGUAGAGCAAGUAAAUGAUUUCAUGUUGUCAUUAAUUGGUGGUGAUGAGGUGACUUAUUUAAGUUCAGAUACACCUUGCCAAUCUGAUGAACAAGAUGAAGUGCAAUCUGAAUGGUUUACAUCUGAAUUUUUAAAUGAUAUCAAAUGUUCAGGGAUACCAAAUCAUAAACUGAAGUUGAAAACAGGUGUUCCAAUUAUGCUCUUGAGAAACAUUGAUCAAGCAAAAGGUUUAUGCAAUGGCACAAGAUUGCAAGUCAAACAUUUAGGCAAGAAUGUAAUAUGUGCAACUGUAAUUACUGGAAAAAACAUUGGUGACAGCAUUUUUAUACCAAGAAUGGAUUUAGUGCCAUCUGAUUCAGGGUUGCCUUUCAAAUUUCAAAGAAGACAAUUUCCGAUAUCUUUAUGCUUUGCAAUGACGAUUAACAAAAGUCAAGGACAAACGCUUUCUAGAGUUGGCCUUUAUCUUCCACAACCUGUAUUCACACAUGGCCAACUAUAUGUUGCUAUUUCUAGAGUCAAAACCAAGAGAGGAUUGAAAAUACUUAUAUUGGAUGAAGAUGGAAAGGUAACAAACACAAGUAAAAACGUUGUGUACAAAGAAAUUUUUGAAACUCUUUGAAAAGAAAUCAA